AUGUCAGAAAUCAACGCCAGGAACACGGCAGUGAAGCGCUUCGCUGGCCAGACGGCCAACGAUGGGGAAGGUGACGAGCGGAAAGAGCUGACCCACUUGGAGUUGGUCGACACACAGGACAGCUCCGUGGAGUGGCAGCUACCGGUCGACGCCGCCUUCAUCGCCAUCGGCCACGACCCCAACACCCGACUCUUCAAGGGCCAGGUGGACAUGGACGAGACCGGCUACAUCCACGUGAAUGGCCCGACAAAGACGUCAGUUCCCGGCUUUUUUGCCGCAGGGGACGUCGCAGACAACGUCUACCGGCAGGCGAUCACGUCUGCCGGCUCAGGCGCCAUGGCAGCGCUGGAUGCCGAGAGAUACCUCUCGGAGAACCCAGUGGAAGAGGAGUCGUGUGUGCGACAGGAAGACUUCCAGUCCUGGUCUUUGAAAGAUCUACGCGAGCAGGUCAAGCUCCUUGGCGUGAAAUGCGUCGCCUGCAGCGAGAAGGCCGAUUUCAUCGCUUCUCUGCAGGCCAGCUUUUGA